AUGGCAAGUCUUGAUGAGAAAACUAUAAUUGUCACUGGUGCAGUCUCUGGGUUUGGAAGAGGGAUUGUCGCCCAGCUUCUAUCUCGAGAUGCGCGGGUAGUCGGAAUAGAUUUGAAAAAGCCAGAUAAUGACGAAAGCCCUGCCAAACUGCCGGGACGAUACCAUUUAUUAACAGGCGAUGUGACUUCUGAACAAACAUGGCAUGGCGCACUCCAGGCUGCUCAGGAACAUUUUUCAUCAAUUCCAGACACAAUCGUCAACUGUGCUGGUUUUGUCUAUCUAGGCCAAGCUCCGGAAAGUGUACCUUUGGAAGAUUUUGAUCGUCUAUGGCAAAUCAACGUCAAACCUCUCUAUCUAGGCGUCAAGCAUAUUGUGCCCCAUUGGAUCAGCAACCACAUCAGUGGCCAUUUUAUUACCAUAGGCAGCAUCAGCUCUCAAAGACCUAGGCCAUCCACCGUAUGGUACGGUGCUAGCAAAGGCGCACUUGAUACGGCAACCGAAGGACUUGCAGCCGCGUAUGCAAAGGAUGGUAUUCGCUUUAACAUUGUUCGCCCAUCUAUUGGCAACACUGCUAUGCUUUCCCGAGUUCAAGGAGGAGUGGACACCGAAGAAGGACGAGCAAAACGGCUCAAUACUAUUCCUCUUGGCCGACUUUGUGAACCACAGGACGUCGCUCAGAUGGUGGCUUUUCUUGCCUCAGAUGAAGCGAAUUAUAUUACGUGA